AUGGUUGGAUACAUAGAAGUUCAUGAACAAAAGAUACAUGUCCCUUUCACAGAUAACAUGGGAUUGGCUGUACUCGACAAUGAUGAUGAGUUUUCUGAUUUGGUACUUUGGGCCACUGCCCGGUGGAAGAGUAGUGAUCAAGGUGAUAUGAUCGUGCUGAUUAGAUUGCUUAGUGAGUUGUUUGGAACAGUUCGUCAUAAUCUUGAGUACUUGCUAUAUUACGCCUUGGGCACUAAAAAUCCUUGGGCCGGCCUUGAAUAUCGGGUGUUUUAUGCUUAUGCACCGUCAUUUUCUACCAUCGUAUUAUGUACUGAUUUACUAGUUAGCUAUAUCUCUAAUUGUGUACAGGGGGCCACUGGUUCAUGGUGUGCUAUGGUGUCUCCUUUUGGAGGGUCAGUGGAUACAACUGAUUCGGAGUAUGAUGAUGACACUCAUGAUAACGAACCUGGCUGUGGUUCUUUGCUGAGGCAUGCAAGGGAAGUUUAUGCAUCACCUAGUUUCGAGUACAUGUUUGAAAAUGAAUACAAGAAGUCAAAAACGCUGGAUGUUGACGUCAGCACGGAGGAGGAUGAUAGAAGGGGGUUUAUCAUUGAACACAAAAUUCAAAAGAUGGGCCAUAAAUUCAGAGAAUACACUGUUACUGCAAUGCCACUUGAAGGAAUAAGAAAUUGUAGUUGCAAGUUCUUCGAUUUAGUUGGAAUCUUGUGCUGCCACGGAAUAAAAGUCCUUGGAUGCUUGCGCAUUGAGAAGAUUCCCGAUCAUCUUCUAAUGAAGUGGCAGACAAAAAAUGGCAAUCGGUUGAUGGGUGCCUGCAGCGUUAAGAAAUCAGGUUCUAAGGACGACUUGGACAUGCUUACUAAGAGUGUUUGUACCCCUCUAUUGAGGCCUGCAGGAGUCAUUUAUCUGGGAAACUUCUUUCGUAUUUCUCAAGAAACUUUUAAGAGAUCAGAAUAUCUAUCUGUUGAAACCGUUUGUGAGACUUUUGGUGAUCGAGAGUUAAUUUAUGAUGGUGAAGCAAGAAAGCGCAGUAACUCCAGAUAUCAGGUUGAUGCCCCUCUGUUGAGGCAUACAAGGGAUAUUUACACAUCAAAUGUCUUCUCCGUGUUUCAAGAAGUCGGAGCUUCUGCGUGUCAGGUUUAUCCACGAGACGUUUAGUGAUAUGGGGCUACAUUUUGUGUGUCAAGUAAGAAAGCCUAGGCACUCUAGAUCCCAUAGAGUUCAAGCAGAAGCAAAUAGGGGGACUGUGUAUUGUAGCUGCAACAGGUUUGGGAAUACCGGGAUUUUAUGCUGCCAUGCGCUUGCAGUCUUGGACUGCUUAUUCAUAGAGAAGGUCCCACCAAGAUACAUUUCGAAGGAGUUCAUGAAAAAUCCAGGGACCGGUCUGGUGGAAAAAGAUAUUCAUGGAGAGAAAUAUCCCGAACUGGUACGUUUUGUACGUUGGGUAACUUUGCAUUACGGUGUUUGAUAAUCUUAAUCAAAGAGGCUGUCCUCAGCAAUGAUUGAAUCAUGAUCGCACUCUUAUGAAUUGGAAUGGCAAGGAAUUAGAGGCAAAACGUGGCCAAUCGGUCUUCAUCUCCAUCACAGUUUCGUACAUCUUGGGUAGAAACUUCAUUGAGAUUGUUUUUGGUUGGUAACUUCUGAGAUCGGAAAGAAAGAUAUUGCAUUCACGAACUCAUACCUUGUAGUGAUGAUCUAGUAAAACAGGUGACUGAUGAACUCAGAAAAUUUGAAGUUACGCUGUUUUUGUUUAUUUCUUUUCUGAGAUACGAAGUGGGUGAAUCGUAUCUUCGUUCAACCGAGAACUUGUAGUAUUCUGUUUUCUUUUUGAACUGAGAACUAGUAGUAUUACAGUCCGCUCUUUUGAAAGAUUUCCAACGUCCAUGCUGUCAGAUUGUUCUAAAAUCGGCAUUUGUCUUGUUCAUGGGGAUUGCUGAUGCAAUUGUUAUCUCAAUGGGCUAUUCAGAGUGUUUUUCCCCCUAGAUAAUUCAAGUGCUUGUAAUUAA